AUGCGUGGUGAAGUAUGCAUAGAUGGUGUUUUGUAUUUUGGAGCUGUGUUGAGACGAUAUUCAGUGAUAGUUUGCUUCGACGUCAGGUCUGAGAAAUUCGACUUUGUUGACAUUGAUGAAGACAUGUUUGAAGAGUAUAAAUGUUUUGAUGAUGGUUAUUUGGCUUUGUUCAACUACAAAGGUAAAUUAGGUAUAUGUCACAAAAGAGCAGAUUUUGAUAGAGUUGUGUUGUGGGUUCUAGAAGAUGCUGCAAGUCAUAAAUGGUCUAAUAUAGUCUACGGGUUGCCUACUUCAGUCAAAGAGAAACGGUUCGUUGGAAUGACUGCUACAUGUGAAAUCCUGCUAUCGUACCGCUACAGCUUAAACAUUUACCGCGUUUACUUCUACAAUCUCGAGACGAAAUCCUUUACAACACUCGAUUUUCAGGGGUUUGAAGAGUUUAAGUAUCAUAUACCUAUAAACACCUUUGUAGACUAUGUGGAGAAUCUGAAGUUUCUGUGA